AUGACUCCGCCUAACCAUUUUAACAUACAGUGUUGUGAGCUGCAGAGCCACCAUACUGCUGCGCAAGAGGCUCUGGUACAGAUCCAUUCGAGCCGCACCAAUCGUGCUUUCAGGAUUUACACAACAAUAAUUUUUCGAAGAUUAGAAGCAAAUUAUAUAAGGUUUAUUAAGUUUCCAAUUCCUUCUGAUGCUAAUACAUCCCAAACUAGAAUUCAGAACGAUUAUUUUGGUGUUUUGAUGGCAUAUGGUGGCUUGUUAGAUUUUCUAAGAGAGCAGCAACCUGCAUAUGCGACAACUCUGGUUCAAACUCGGUUGCUACCAUUGUAUAAAUUAUCAGUCUCCGUACCGUACUUAGUUGCCACUGCAAACUGGGUUCUUGGAGAGCUUGCUUCCUGCCUACCUGAAGAGAUGAGUGCAGAUGUGUAUACCUCAUUGCUCAAGGCAUUGGUUAUGCCUGAUAACAGGGAUAUUUCUUGUUAUCCCGUGCGGGUUUCUGCUGCUGCGGCAAUUGUGGGACUUCUUGAUAAUGACUACCCACCACCUGAAUGGCUUCCUCUCCUUCAAGUUGUGAUUGGUAGGAUUGGCAAUAACGAGGAAGAAAGCUCAAUUUUAUUUCAUCUUCUCAGUUCUGUGGUGGAGGCGGGACAUGAAAAUGUUGUAGUUCAUAUCCCUUACAUUGUUUCAACAUUGGUUGUUGGAAUCUCAAAAUGCAUUCCCACUGAUCUGGAGCCAUGGCCUCAGAUGGUUGAAAAGGGCUUUGAAGCAUUAGCAGCAAUAGAUCAAUCUUGGGAAAGUUUUACGGCUGAACAAUCUGAGGAGAAUGCAUCGAGUGAAAAGUGGGUAUCAAGUCAAGCUACCAUCGGUAGAGCUUUCUCUUCUCUCUUGCAACAGGCUUGGCUUGCACUAGCACAUCACUUGGGACGGGAAGACGAGGUUUUGCCCCCUUCUUCUUGCUUAGAUUAUGCAUCAACAUUGCUCCGAUCCAUCAUGCUGUCUGUUACCGAAAGUAAUGCAAUUCUAGAGCUUAAAGUAUCAAAGUUAUUAUUAGUUUGGGCUGAUCUGAUUGCCAACUGGCAUGCUUGGGAAGAAUCAGAGGAUAUGUCAAUCUUUGAGUGCAUUAAGGAAGCAGUCAGUCUACACAAAAAACAUGGGUUGAAGAAUUUUAUUGGAGGACAAAUGCCAUCUCCUCCAGCUCCACCUGUUCCUCAGCCUUCCAUAAUACAAGGCAUUGGUUCUUUUAUAAGCGAGGCUGCCUUACAUUAUCCAUCUGCAAUGUGGAAGAUUUGCUCUUGUAUCCAUAUACUACUACAUGCCCCAAUUUACUCAUCCGAGACAGAAGGCGUGAAGCAGUCGUUGGCAGUUGCAUUUUGUCAGGCAACAUAUACCCGUUUCAGAGAAAUUAAAAGCAAGCCUGGUCCUCUCUGGAAGCCUUUGCUGCUCGCUAUAUCAUCAUGCUAUUUAUGCUGUCCCGAAGUUGUAGAGGGUAUAUUGGAGAAGGAUGGAGAUGGAGGAUUUCAAACCUGGAUGUCUGCACUUGGAUCUGUUUCCUCUAGCUCUUUCAAACCGGGGCUACCUACAGAGUCAGAGAUAAAGUUGAUUGUGCUGGCACUGGCAAAAGUGGUUGAACGGGUGGUGGUAGUUGGAAAGUCAUCUGGUGCCUUGUUACGGGAAUGCUUUACCUCUCUGAUGGAAGCAUCUAUACGAUGGAAAGAACUGCGGGAAGAAGAGGAAGCAGGUGGAGAAGAAGAGACCGAGGAUGAUGAUGAAAUUGAAGAUGAUGAUGAUGACGAUGACGAUGUGAGGUUUGAACUUGCAAGUUUUUUGUUUAUCGUCAAGUUUCAGGAUUCAUCUUUUAAAAGUUCUCUACAUUUUUGGACUGCCUAUUAAUGACAGAAGGCUAUGUGCAAUAAAUUUAUGCUAUUCUUUUUCAUAGGUUA